AUGGUGUCUGUAGAAAAGAAAGGAAGCAAAAUACAUGUGUUUCUUAUAAAUAAUCCUAAGGAGAAUGAUAAAAAAAAAGAAGAUGCAUUAAGUAAUACAAAAGAUAAUAAAAUAAGCAAAGAAAAUAACUGUGAUAAAAAUGAAAAGAAUAUAAAUAAUAAUGAUGAAAUCGUAAGAGGUGAUGAGAAAGGUUGUAAUGAACAUAAGAAUAAUGAAAGGGUUGAAGAAAUCAUUACUCAUAAAAUAUAUCAUCCCCAAGUAAAAAUUGUAAAGGUAAGUUGUGGAAAAAGAAUAAUUGGUUUUCUGUCAGUGUCUGGUAAAAUAUAUUGUUGGCAUUUGAAUGAAUUAAAUGACUUUGAUAAGAAUGUACCAUAUUUAUUAGUAGAUAAUAUAAUAAAACAUAAGUCUAUACAUGACGUUAGUUGUGGUGAAAACCAUAUAGCUUUCUUAUCUAAAGAAGGAGAAUUAUUUACUUAUGGUGAUAAUACCUAUGCCCAAUCAGGAAUAGCAUAUAACGGCAGCAAUAAUAAUAACAACAAUAUUGAUCAUAAUAAUAAUAAUAUUUGUUGUAAUGAUGAUGGUAUGCUUGAUAUAAAUACUUUUAACAAAUUAUAUAAUAAUAAUAAUAAUAAUUAUAAUUAUAAUAACAAAUUAAAAAAUUAUAAAAAAUAUAAAGUACACAAAGUUAAUACACAAAAUAAUAUUGUAAAAUGUGUAUAUGCUUCAGACAAAUUCACCCUAUUUUUAACCAUUGAAGGUAUUUUAUACGGUGUUGGUUUAAUAAAUGAACAUAUACUUAAAGGAGAUAUGAAUAAAGAUAAAAUUAAUAAAAUAUUAACAAAACCACAUGUUAUAAAUACAAAUAAUAUAUCUUUUAAAAAAAUUUCUAUAGGACAUAAUUUUCUUCUAGGUAUAGAUAUGCACAAUGAUGUAUAUUCCUGGGGGAAAAAUGAAAAAGGUGUAUUAGGACAUACUAAUAAUUCAAAUGAUUCUCAUUAUCCAAAAAAAAUAGAUAACCUGUCUAAAGCAAACUUUAUAAGUGCAGGCAAAAUAUGCAUAUGUAUAACAUCAGACGAAGAUAUAUAUAUAUGGGGUGAUAAUUAUGGGAAUAAACCAAACUUAAUUAAAAAUAAAUUUGAUUCUAUGCAUAUUAAUAAUAAUUUUAUUAUUGGUAUAUCCCCACAAAAAAAUAUCUGGGUAAAAAAUAUUGAUAAUCUCUCACAUGGAUAUUAUAUAAAUAAUCUUAAAAUAAACUUGUGUUCGUCAUACGAUAAUUUAAUAAUAGGAGUAGAAAAUUUAGAUAUCAACUCUAAGGAAAAUUAUAACAAACAUCUCAAUGUUUCAACUAGCCAAACAAAAAAUGAAAUCAGUCAGAUGCAAAAUAUUACCCAAAAUAAUAGUGACUGUGGUGACUUACAUGCAGAUAUUUCUGAUAAAAAAAAUUUCAUCGAUAUUGUUAAUACGAAUAUUAGUAUGGUGUCUGAUGAGGUAAAGGGAAAUGAUCAGAACGAUUCGGAAAAACUUAAUAUGGAUGAAAUGAAAAUUGAAAAAAUUGACACCAAAAGAGAUGGUUAUAACAUAAAAGAUGGUGAUGACAUAAAAGAUGGUGAUGACAUAAAAGAUGGUGAUGACAUAAAAGAUGGUGAUAAGAUAAAAGAUGGUGAUAAGAUAAAAGAUGGUGAUAAGAUAAAAGAUGGUGAUAACCUAAAAGAUGGUGAUCGUAAAAACAAUGUUGUCGUGAACAUUUCUAAUAAGAAUAUCGAUUCAUCAGAUGUCAAAUCGGCAAAUAAUAAUUAUUCUCAAAAUAGUGAGAGAAAUAUUCAUAAUAAAAAAAUUGAUGAUAGAUUUAAAGAAUCAAAUACACAAUUUCAUAAUGAAAAAGAAAUAUAUUCCUUUUUUACAAAUGAUGUGUAUGAAAAAAAUAGUUUUCUACAAAAUAAUAAUAAAAGCAAAAUCGAAAAAAAUAAAAAAGAAACAUCUUUAUUAGAAGAUACAUUAAAAGAAAAUAAUCCAAGUAUUUCUAUUAAUAAUAAUGAAACAAAUAGUAAAUGUAAUGAUUACCAUACAUUUAAUUGUAAUAUUAAUGACAAUAAUAUAAAUACUUAUACAAAUGAUGAUAUAAAAUUGUCUUUAUUAAAUGUUGAAGAUACAUCUGUAGAUUUUAGUAUAAGUAAUAGUAAAAAAGAAAAGGAUUCCCAAAAUAAUGAAGAGGUGGGUUUAAAUUUAGAUGUAAGAAAAAAUAAUUUGGAAAAUAACAUGAAAAAUGAUACUUUUAAUAAUAAAAAUAGUGUUACCAUAAAUGAUGCACAAAAUGAUAUAGAAGAAUAUAUAUAUAAUUCUAAACAAGAUGAUGUUAGUUGUGAUGAUUCAAGUGUGGAUAAAGAUAUAACAAAAAAUAAUUAUGAAGGCAUACCCGUAGUUGAAGUACAAGAUGAUGAAUAUUAUGAGGAGGACGUAGAGGAUAAUGAUGAAGAUGAUGAUGAAGAAGAUGAUGAUAAAGAAGAUGAUGAUAAAGAAGAUGAUGAUAAAGAAGAUGAUGAUGAAAAUGAUGAUGAUGAUCAUGACGAUGAAAAUGAUGAUGAUAACAACGACGAUAAUAAAUAUCAUAUUGUUAAUUAUGAUGAUGAUACAAAUAACGAAUAUGAAGAUGAAGAAAGUUUUUUAUCUACAAAUUUUUAUGGAGAAAAAAACAAUUCAGAUAAUAUAAAUCAUAAAAAUAUUAUUAUAAUUAAUAAAAAAUCAUCAGACAAAGAUAAUAUUGUUUUAAAAUCAUCUUUAAAAAAAUCUUCAAGUAGUGAUGGUAUAAAAAAAAGUGUGUCCUUUUCUAAGUAUGUAUAUGAUUUAGCUAAGAAUAAUUACGAACCUAUGAAUUUUAAAUCUUUUGAUGAUAUUACAAUGUCCGAAAUGAAUCAGGACGAUAACAUAAAUGUUACAAUACCUGAACAGACAUUUGGUCAAUCAACAAAUAAAAUAUAUGAAAAGGACAUGAAUAAUGAUACUAGUGAUAACAUUUUAGAUACCACAAAUAAUUAUGAAUCAACAUUUGAAAUGAAGGAUAAUUUAAAGGGAAAAAAAGAUAAUCAUGGUAAGGAUUUAUUAAAUAGUCACAAGCAAAAUGAAAAAGAAGUUAUUCAAAUAAAUCAUCUCAUAACAAAUAUGAAUAAAAAUAACACUCUAAAGGAAGAAGUACAAAAUAAUAAGAAUCAUUAUGAGUAUGUAAAAAAGGAUAUAAAUGAAGAUAUAUGUAAAAAUGAUGUGAACAAUUUGGGAACGGAUAGUACAAACAAUAAAUUUGGUGUAAUAUCGAAUUUGGAUAGUACAAACAAUAAAUUUGGUGUAAUAUCGAAUUUGGAUAGUACAAACAAUAAAUUUGGUGUAACAUCAAAUUUGGAUAGUAUUAUAAAAUUUUCGGAUGAAGAUAAAGAACAAAUAUAUAACAAAAGUUUGAACAAUACUUUUUACAACACGAAGGAAUCAAAAAAAUUUACAGAGGAGGAAAAAAAAAAGGUUAAUAUUUCUUUAGAUCCAAACAAGGAUAAUAAAGAUAACAAUAAUAUAAAUAAUAACUAUGAAGACAUUCAUAAGGAUGGAUAUAUUCUUCGUAAUUAUCGUACAAAUGAAAAUAUGGAAGAAGAAAAAAACAAUUCGUCUUUUCUUAUAAAUCAAAAUAUAAAUAUAAAUAUAAAUAGUAAUAUGAAUAAAAAGCAUAUGGACGAAUUGAAUUUCAUUCAUAAUAAUAAUAAUAAUAAUAUAUAUGACAAUAAUAAUAAUAUUUAUAUAUAUGAUAAUUAUACUAAUGUGAUGAAAAAUAAAAUGAAGAUAUGUUGUACAAAAUAUUCAUAUAAGAAUGUUUUAAAAAAUAGAGAUAAAAUAUAUAAUACAAAUUAUGAUUGUGUUAAUAUUAGAAGAAGAAAAAAUAUAGAAUUUAUCUUAACAAAUUGUAAUUAUAAGACUAAUGUUUUAAAAGUUAAACAUAGUAUGAAGAAAAGAAAGAAAAAUAUGAUAAUAGAAAAUAAAAUGUAUGACUUGUUAAAAAAAUUAAAAAAUAAAGAUCAUAAUAUAAAAUUAUUAUACAAUCAUUUAUAUUUAAUAAAAGAAAGGGAAGCACAUAUUUUAAGGAUAAGGAAUUAUAAAGUAGGAUAUCUAAAUAAAGGGAAUCAUAUUUCUCGUAAACAACAAAAUAAUAAUAUUAUUAAAAAGAAAAGAAGUAUAUCUUCUUUUUCUUUAAAUCAACAAGAUAAUUCAAAUGAUAAUUCGGAUGUUAAUUCAUCUAAUAUUAUAAACAAUAUUCAUUAUAUAAAUGAUGAUAUAGAAAAAAAGAAAUUGAAUGAAUAUUAUAAAAAUGUAGAUAAUAAUGAUGAUGAUGAUAAUAAUAAUAAUAAUAGUAAUAUGUUAAAGAAAAAAAAUAUAAAAGACAAAAAUACAAAUAUAACUAAAAAGAAUAGUUCUUACAUGGUUUCAGAAAAUUAUAUAUUAUAUAAUGAUAAUAAAAAAAGUGAUAGUAAUAAUAAAGCACAAAAAGAAAAAAUAAUAAUAAAAAAAAAAAAAAAAAAUAUACAAAAUGAUAAAAAUAAAAACAAUGAAAACAAUUUGUUAUUAUAUGAAAAAUAUAUUAUUAAUAAUAUAAGUAAACCGUUAGACUUGGAUGAAAAAAAAUGGACAUCUACUAUUAUUAAAUCCAAAAAAAAGGAUGAAAAUGUUACAAAGAAAUAUAAUGAUGGUAAUAAUAUUGUUAAGAAAAGGAGUACAUCACUUGAUAACAAAAAAAAAAAUAAAGUAAUAGAUAUUAAAUAUAAGGAUCAUAUAAAUUUAUUAAAAUCACAAGUUCAUAUAGGAAAAAAUAAAAUAGAUAAACAAAAUGAUAAAAUUAUUUCAGAUAAUUUAUCUUCAUCAACAAAAACAAAAAAAAAAAAUAUUGUUGCAUCAAAAAAAAUGAAAACUACAAAAAAUGGAAUAAAAUCGAAUAAAAGAAGUAGUUCUGUUAUAUUAGCUAAUGAAUUAAUUGAAAAAAAAAAUAUUAAAAAUUUGUCGGAUGAUACAUCAAAAAAAUUAUUAUUUAUGUCUUACUUAAAUGUUAAUACACAAAAUAAAAAUUAUUCUUCGAUUAUUAAUAAUGAUAAUAAUUAUGAUGAUGAUAACAAAAAUUAUGAUGAUAACAAAAAUUAUGAUGAUAACAAAAAUUAUGAUGAUAACAAAAAUUAUGAUGAUAACAAAAAAUAUGAUGAUGAUGAUAACAAUAAUAAUAAUAAUAGUUGUAGAAGUAUUAGAAAGAAUGAAAAAAAAAGAAUACCCUUAAAAAUUAAGAGAAACGCAUCAGCAACAUUUAUCCAUAGUGUAAAUAAUUAUAAAAAAAAAGACGAAACAUAUAACACCUUCUCAAGAAUUAAAAAUUGUAAUUAUUAUUCCGAUACAGAUAAAAGAAAAACACCUACACAUUAUGUAGAAAAUAUGAACAUGUCAUCUAACCCUUUUGUUCAAAAUCAUAUAAAUAAUAAAAUCGAAUAUGAAAAAUAUACGAAGGAUUAUAUGACUAAAGAUCAAAUCAUACGUGAACAAGAUAAUAUGAAUUCUUUAUAUUUUGAUGAGAUGAAAAAGAUAAAAAAGGACGGUUCAAGUUUUUCUCUAUAUAACAAUGUUAAUUAUGGUAAGACUAUAGUUCAGGAUGAUAAUAACAUGGACCAUAUUAAUGGUAGUGAUUAUAAUAUGAAGAAAAAUAAAAUAAGCAAACAAACAAAUGUAUAUUCAUUAAUUAAACAAAAGAAAACAGAAAAGAAUAUAGAAACUACAUCGAAUAGAAAUGUUACCAAGAAGAUUAAAGAAAAGAUUCAAAAGAAAAAAAAGAAAACUGAUGAUGAACAUGUGAAUAGUGUGAAUCCACAAACGAAUCAACACGAGACCGACAUUGUUCUAUUUGAUGAUGAAAGUAAAAAGAUAAAAAAGAAUAAGAAAGAAAAUGAUAGUACUACUAAUAAGGACACUAAAAAGAAGUUAUUAAAAAAAUUAUGCACAAAAAUCGAAGUCAUGAAAAAUAAUAUGAUGGAAGAAAAAAGAAGAAAAAAAAAAAAUAAAGUAAAUGAUGAUAGUAAUAAUAAUAAUAAUAAUAAUAAUAAUAAUUAUAAUAGUAAUAAUUAUUUUAAUAUUAAUGAACAUAGAGACAACUAUGAUAAUAUUAUUAUAAAUAAAAGUAAUAAUCCUCCUAAUUAUAACAAAUUUAAUAAUAAUUUAAUAGAUGAUACACAAAUUGAAGUCGAAAAUACAAAUGAUAAAAAGUAUAAGAUAUUAUUGUCUAAUGUGAAGGAUAAAUUAUAUAAGAAUAAAAUAAAAGAAGAAAAAAAACAUAAGAAAUAUAUAAGAAAAAUAUACAAAGAUAUGAAACAUAUUUAUAACGAAUAUAAUAAUAUGAAGAAAGAAAAAGAACAUGCAAAAAAAAGUAUUGAAUAUCUGAAAUUUUUAUUAGAAAAUACUGUAAUAAAAAGUAAUGAAAUGCUUCGAAUUAAUAAAAAUUCUUUUGAACAUUAUAUAGAAAAAAUUCAAAAAGAAAAUAAUAUUUUAAAAAAUGAAUUAGAUGAAGAAUCUUACCAACAUCAUUAUGAUUUACAACAACUAGUUUGUAAAAUAAAGGAAUUAGAGAAAUCUAAAGAAGAAGCUAUAAACCAAAAUGAAGAAUAUAAUAAAAAGAUAAUGGAUUUAUGUUUUGAAUGUGAUACUUUAAAAAAGAAAGAAAUAGAAUUAAACAAAAAUAUAGAUGAUCAGAAAAUACAUAUAGAAAAAGAAAAAAAAAAAAAAAAAUAUAUUUUAAAAAAAAUCGAAAAUGCUUUAAAAAUAUGGGAAAAUGAUUACAAUAUGUUAAAAGAUAAAUAUAAUAAUUUGAUAUUAUCAAACGAACAAGUUAUAAAUAAUAAUGAGAUAUUAAAAAAUGAAAUAAAUAAAUUAAAAGAUCAAGUGUGUAAUAAAGAAAAUAUAAUUCAUAAUAAGAUAGAUGAAAUUAAUCAAAUAAAUCAAAAAUAUAUAUUAUUAACAAAAGAAUGUAAACUAAAAAAUGAAUAUGUACCUAAUGAAUCAGAUAUGGUAUAUAAAAAAUAUAAAAAUAUGGAAGAAUAUUAUAAAAAAAAUAUAGACAAUUUACAAAAUGAGUUAUUAUCUAAACAAAAUCAAUUAAGAUAUAAAGAUGAACGAAUUUUAUUUUUACAAGAUGAACAAAAAACUUAUUUAAAAAAAUAUUUUAAUAUAUCUAAAGGAUUAAAUAAUAUUAUGGAUAAAUUAAAAGAAAGUUAUAAUAUUAAUAUGAAUAAUGAAGAACAUAUGGAAAUAAUUCUUACCAAUUUUAUUAAUACUAUUAUAAACAAUUUAGAAGAUAUUAAAGAAUUUAAAACAAAUGAAAAAUUAAAAGAUAAAAUUAUUCAUAUAUUUGAUAAUUCAUUAAAGAAUAAUAAAUUAUUACCUGUUCAUAAUUAUAACAAUAUAUCUGAUCAGAAUUAUUUUCUCAAAUCAAGGAAUGGACUUUCUUUAUCUCAACAUAGCAUUGAGAAUAAUAUUACAAAUAAAAACAACAAUAAAAAUAGAAAUAAUAAUGCUAAUAAUAAUUAUAAUAAUCAAGAUAAUACUUUAAAUUCUACAACAAAGAAUUUACUCAACUCUUCUAAUAAUUCAAAGAAUCAACAUCUCCAAAGAAUGGUUUUGGAAGAAAUGGAUGAUAUAUUAAAUUUGUUAGAAGAAAUUAAAGAAAAUCAAUUAUCUCACAACGAUUUAUUAUCCGUAAAAAAUAAAACAGCCCAAGUAACAAAUGAGUUUAUAGAUAUUAAUAAGAACGAAAAUAAUUAUAAUAACGGUGAAGAAUUUAAUAGUAAUAACAUAUAUGAUGAUCACCAUUGUUCUAUAGAUUCUAAUGAAAACAGUGAUUAUCUCAAAAAUAUAUAUGAUGAAGAUGUGCAAAAUGUACCAUGUGACAUGAAUAUGAAAUGUGAAAAAAUGAAAUAUAAAAAUAUUAAUAGUAAUGUGCAGCAUAAUUUAAGAAAAGGGAAAAAUAAAAUGAAUCAAUCGGAAAUUAAUAAUUCUGUAUCUAAUAUGUGUAAUGAUAUAAUAAAACAUGAGAAACAUGGGAAACAUGAGCAACAUGGUAAACAUGAGCAACAUGAUAAACAUGAGAAACAUUGUCAACAUGGUAAACAUGGCCAACAUGACCAACAUGAUCAACAUGACCAACAUGGCCAACAUGAUCAACAUGACCAACAUGGCCAACAUGAUCAACAUGACCAACAUGACCAACAUGACCAACAUGAUCAACACGAUGAGCUACUAAACACGGAUGAACAACAAACAGAUGGUCAUAUGAUAUCCCGAAAUGUAAGAAAAAAACAUAAAAAUGAAGGAACCAAUAAAAAAGGCAAUGGAAAGUAUAUAAAUGCUUCCAAUCUAGAACAUGUUAAUAGUAAUGGUAUUAAUAAAAAACACGAUGAACAAUAUUUAGGAACACAAAUAAGAGAAUUAAGUUUUUAUGAUAUCAAAAAUAAUAUGAGUAAUAAUGAGAAAAUAAAUCUGAAAGGACCGUUACCAAAUCAAAUGAGCAGUUAUAUAAAAAAAAAUAAAGAAAAGCAAUUAAAAGAAAAAGAGACAGAAGAAAGAAGGAAUCGAGAUAAUAUCUGCCUAAGUGAUCAUAUAGAUUAUUGUAACAAUAAAGAUUAUUCUAAUAACCAAAAUGUAUGUGAUGACCAAAAUGUAUGUGAUGACCAAAAUGUAUGUGAUGACCAAGAUGUAUGUGAUAACCAAAGUUUUUGUGAUAACCAAAGUUUUUGUGAUGACCAAAUUUUUUGUGAUGACCAAAGUUUUUGUGAUGACCAAAGUUUUUGUGAUGACCAAAGUUUUUGUGAUAACCAAAAUUUUUGUGAUAACCAAAGUUUUUGUGAUAACCAAAGUUUUUGUGAUGACCAAAGUUUUUGUGAUAACAAAAGUUUUUGUGAUGACCAAUCUUUCUUUGAUCCUCAGAUGAACCAUAAGAAAACCCAAUUAAAAGAAAUUACCAACAAUCAUUUGUCAUCAAAUGAUAAAAAUGAAAAGUUGGAAAAAAAAAAUUUGAAGAACCAUAUAAAUUAUACAACAAAAAAAACUGUCUCUAAGAAUAUAACAAAUGAACAGGAGUUAUAUAAAAACUGUAAAAGAAAAGAAAAAAAAAAAUCAUUCAAUGAUAUGUUAGAUAAAAUAUUUGAUACACCUAUGGAUAAUACAUCAAUGAAUGAAAAUAUGUCCAAUAUACAAAACUUAAUAGAAAAUAAUAUAAAAAAUAUUUAUGGUACAGAAGAUUAUUAA